UAUUGUGCUCUAGCACCAACGGUCUUAGCUGGUCAAAUUGAUCCCCUUCUUUUUGAAGCUCUAUAUGCUUCCCGGCAUGCAGUUUUUUUCUGUGCAAGGAUUCCACAAAUUUGGGAAAAUUUUAAAAACAAAAGUACAGGAGAGCUUAGCUUUAUAACUUCGUUCAUGAAUUUUGGUGGUUCCAUGGUGAGAGUUUUUACAAGCCUCCGGGAAAAGGCACCAACGAGCGACUUAAACGAACUUGUGGUGUUAAUGCUUUCGAUGAAGAGUUCAUCAUUAAGUAGUGCCUUAGUGAUGACCGCAGAGAUGGUUCAUUUUCUGGGGGCAUUGUUUUUUUCUGCAAUGGGUUACUUGCUGAAAGAAGCUCUGAAGACUCUUUGUGGGGAUGUUACUACGAAACCAUCAUGUUCAGGGCUAUCAGGAGAUCUAAAUCCAGAGAACUCAUUUCAUGAUUACAGUCCUUCUUGGGUUUCAUCUGAAACUUGUAAUUUACAGUCGAGUGUUCGAGCAAGGGAUAAGGUUCAUUUGUUUGUAAACAAGAUGAUGAUUGACAAUCAAGUUCAUGUUGUGGGAGAAGGUAUAUGGGAAGAGCCAAAGUAUAUUGCUACUAUCACUGUAAGAAAAAGGAGAGAGGAUGAAGAGGAUUGUUCUAGUGUAGCUGCAGGCUAUUCAUGUUAUUAUGAUAACUUCUUGGGUGUUAAGGAGCAAGUU